AUGGCAUCUCCACAGUUCCAAUCAUUCCCCUCCAAGCCGCGAGUGUUCAUCCUCAGCGAUAUCUCGAACGAGCCAGAUGAUGCAGAGUCACUCGUGCGGUACCUCUUAUACGCCAACCAAUUUCAAACAGAGGGACUGGUCGCAUGCACAUCAACAUGGAUGAAGAACAAAGUCUGUCCACAAGACAUGCACAAGAUCAUCGACGGCUACGAAAAGGUCGUCGACAACCUCAAUGCCCAUGCCAGCCCACAAGACCCAUACCCACCAGCCCAAUACCUCAGAUCCAUAAUCAAGAAGGGCGCAGAGACCUACGGCAUGAAAGCAGUGGGCGAGAACAUCCCCCUCAGCGAAGGCGGCCAGCUCCUCCUAGAGCGCAUUGAAGCCCAAAGUCCCGACCCCCUCUGGAUCCUCUGCUGGGGCGGCACGAACGUCCUAGCAUCCGUGCUCCUGCGCAUCCAGAAAACACACUCUGCAUCCGAGGCUGCAGCCCUACGCUCCAAGCUCCGCAUCUACACCAUCUCCGACCAGGACGAUACAGGCGUCUGGUUGCGCACCACGUACCCGGACCUCUUCUACAUCUGUUCCGUGCACGGAUGGUGCCAGUACGGGAUGGCGGCGUGGACGGGGAUCUCAGGGGACAAGUGGUAUGGAUUUGACAAGGGAGGGCCAGACGGAAGCAAGAUUACCAAGGAGUGGAUACGAGAGAAUAUCCAGAUUGGGCCUUUGGGGUCCACGUAUCCGGAUUUCAUGUUCAUUCCUGAAGGGGAUACGCCGACGUUCUUGUAUCUGAUUCAGAAUGGGCUGGGGGUUGCUGAGAGGCCUGAGUUUGGGUCUUGGGGUGGCAGGUAUAUUCAGACUGAUGUUAGUGGAUUGUUUGGGAAGGGUCAUUAUAGUGAUACGCCUGAUGAGGUGGAGGGGGCGGAUGGACGGAUGCAUAAGUCGAACCAGGCGACGAUUUGGCGGUGGCGGGAUGCUUUCCAGACUGAUUUUGCGGCGAGGAUGCAGUGGUCGCUUUCGUCGGAUGUGGGGGCUGCGAAUCAUCAUCCUGUUGCGAUUGUGAAUGGGACGACGGGGCCGGCUCCGCUGGUGCUUGAAUUGGAGGCUGGUGUUUCGUUCCGUCUUGAUGCUUCGGAGUCUUAUGAUCCUGAUCCUAAUGACUCGCUUACCUUCCGGUGGUAUCAGUAUAAGGAUCCCAGUGCGACGCAGUGGUCUGUUCAGCAUGAGGUGGGCGAAUUGGGUAUCAAGUCUCUCAAUGAGGCCAAUAGUCUCGUUGAGGUGACUUUGCCCACGCCGGAUAAAUGCUGCGUUGAGUUGAUCAGCCGCGAAGCGAUCCCCAAAGGACAGUUGCUGCAUUUGAUCUUGGAGGUCAAGGACAAUGGUGCCCCCGCACUGACUACAUACCGUCGGAUUAUUAUCCAGACGACGAACGAGAAGCUGCUUGGUGGCGGUGGCGGUGCUGAUUCGAUCGGCGAUACCAUGAAAGACGUGAUGUGA